ACUGGUACUCACUCGUUCCUGUGACUCCAGUCUGAAUGGCUGAUUCUGGUGGUCGCAGCAGCGGCAGUGGCCGAAGUGGAAGCAAUGACAGUCCUUGUGCUUGGGGCCGGCAGUCACUGACAGUCUGCAGGUACUUUCAGCAAGGGUUCUGUUUUCGCGGAAAUGAUUGCAGGUAUCAGCACUCCCAAGCUCCAGGCUCCUCAGAAUGCACAACAGAGCCUCCUCUGCCCCUGCCAGAAGUUAGAGCAGAGCUGAUGCCGGCCACCCUACAUUCAGUACCUGAGGAGUUUAGUCCACCAUGUGCCCAAGAUGGUGGGAGAUCUGGUAUGAAGCAUCUGGGCACAAAGGAGGAAGUUAACAGCACUUUCUCUGACCCUCUGGACAUACCAUUAGGUGAUCUAAAUCUUAACUCCAACCUGGAGGCUGGAACCCAGCCUGAUCCCAGUCCUGACUCCUUCCCAGAGCAGAAUGUUUCCACGUCCCCAGGAACUCAGACUCCAGAGCUAAUGGAAAUGACCCAGGAUGUAGUGUGUGGCAUCUGUAUGGAGAAGAUUUGGGACAAACCCCCACCAGACAAUUACUUUGCCAUUCUGCCCAACUGUUCCCAUGCCUACUGUGUGAAAUGUCUCCGGACCUGGCGCCAGAGCCGGGGAGAUUACCCUAAAGACAUCAUCAAGGCCUGUCCCGAGUGUCGAGUGCAUUCCAACUUUUUUGUCCCCUAUAAGUUCUGGGUAAGCAAGGGACCAGAGAAGGAGCAACUCAUCAAGAACUUUAAGGAUCGAACAAGCCAAAUUCAGUGUAAGUUCUUCAUCCAAAGAAAAGGCCGCUGUCCUUUCAAAUCUGACUGCAUAUACCAGCACCAGUUCCCCAACUCCUGGACAAAGAAUUGGGAUUCUAUUCUGACUCCGAGUGAACCAUCAAACAACACAGAUGAGGAAGAAAUCUAUUUCCUUGACCAUACCAUCAGCAUCUCCAUAACAAUGAAGAAAACCUUUUCCAAAUCCAGUGAUUCUGAUGAUUCCUGAGGGAGUUGUGACGCAGGAACUAUGUCCAGUGGUGCUCUUCAGAGGCAGAGUAAGAGUUCAUAUGGAAAGAAUCCAUUUACUCCAUGGUCUGCAUUAAUGGGAUAUUGGCAAUGGGACAGGGUGGAAGAAAUGAAUGGCUGAAUCUUGUACCAUGAGGAAGGUCCCCAUUCUUUUUUGUUCUCUUUGGGCCUUAGUUUUUAACUUUUUAUAUCAUUCUGAAACAAAUUAAACUAGUUUAAAUCACUA